AUGGGCUGCUUCCUCGCCUGCUUCGGCGGCGGCGACGGCGACCGCCGGCGCCGGAAGCCGCGGAGGCGGUCCCCGGCGAGGCUCCCGCCGCGGCCGCGGCCGGACCAUGUGGCUCUGUCCGGCGAGGCGUCGUCGCUGGCGGAUGUGGUGGUGAAGCAGGUGUCCGCGCCGUUGCCAGAGGCGAGGGCUUUGGCGCCGCCUCCGCCACGGCCGCCGCUGGUCGUGGAGGUUGCGGAGGAGGUGGCCGCUGCCGCGAGCUCCGGAAAGGAGCCGAGGGAGUUGAGCGAGCAGAAAACUGUGACAUCACCAACGCCGACAGUGGAUGCCGUGGAGGAGGUGGUCACUGCCGCGAGCCCUGGAAGAGAGCUGAGGCAGUUGAGUGAGCACAAGGAAGCGCCUGCACGCUCUUUACUGCUGGAGAAGGUAGUCACACCACCACUCCCCGGAAGAGAGCUGAGGCAGUUGAGUGAGCACACGGAAUCACCUGGACGCUCCUUGCUGCAGGAGAAGGUACUCACACCACCACUCUCCCCAGUGAAAUGUUCACCUGUGGCAGCAGCUGUUGCUUCAACUCCUGAUAUGGAACUCAGGGAGGUGAGUGAAGAGGAUAGCCGCAGUGGUGGCAAGAAGAAAGUGACAUUUGACAUGAAUGUUACAACAUACGAAAAUACAUCGUCACCUGACCAAGAAGAGAUACCCUCGGAGCUUGUUAAGUGGAUGGAAGAUGAAGAGGAAGAACACAUGCAGAAGACUGUUCUGUUCUCAGAGAAUCAUCGGUACGGGAAUUGCACAGACAGUGAUGAUGACAAUGGAGAUGAGUAUGGUGAGGAUGACAACUAUGGUGAUGAUGGUGAUGCAGAGGAGGAUUUUGUGGACUGCAAGAUUGACUUGCUGGAUGAGGAGGAAAUAAGAACUGAAGAGAACCCAGAGGAGUCUCAGGAGUCUCUGUUCUCACUGCCAAUGUCUAAUUAUACGCAGAAUGACCAAGAUGUCAGUAGCCCUGUGCCCAAGAGCAGUGUUACCCCUGCACAGGAAGAAAGCCCUCUAAUCCAGGGGAACAAUCACCGUGAUAGAAGCCAGUACGUCCGCCCUGUUUUGAACCCAGUUCAGAAUCGAGAACAGUGGAAGGAAGUUAAGGCCCAAGCAGGACCAGUUAAAAAGUUGUACAAGGAGAAUGUAAACUCGGUGCCAAAUGUAGGUGCAACCCUUACUUGUAAGGUUGCAAAUCAAAUGAAGAUGGGCCCUAGCAACUCUAGCAAAGGGGAAGUUUCUGUGGAUGCAAGCCUCUCUACAUGGCUAGUUUCUUCAGACAACUCAACAGUUGAUAAGGCGCAAAGUAAAUCCCCCCGUUCAGUUUCCUCUGUAUGCAGACAAGAAAGGCCUGUCCUGGGUGCUUUGACUGUUGAUGACCUUAAGCAAUCGUCAGCUACAUCAUCUCCACGAAGGUCUCCAAGCCAUAACCGUGAAGAGGUGCCGAUCUUGGGUUCGGUGGGAAGUUACUGGAGUAGCACAAAGCAGGGUAAUGAGUACUGUUCUUCUAGGUCUGAUUCAGGAACUAAUGGAAUCCCCAAUUCAACAAGCAAAUACAGAGAGGACAGAAGGGUGAACUGGCACUCGACUCCCUUUAAUGUGAGGCUGGAUAAAGCUAUGAAGAAAUCUUCUGCAUGA